AAAAAAAAAAAUCCUUCAAUAAAUAUUACCCAAUCUAUCCGAUCAGUGAUCACACCCCAAAAACAAUCAAGCUCUGCAAGUGUGGGUGAGAAACUAACGAUAUGUCGUAUAAGGUGCCGGUGCCGGCAGCUGGGCCGAGCGCUCAGCCACUGGCGAACCCAGUGACCGUGGUCAGCCCACAGUUCCACGCAACGUACCCAGUGGAUCUGGUGAUCACGGAGAAGAUGAUGAGCCUCAAGGAAGGUACAUUCACAGUCUCCGAUGUCAACGGCAAUCUCAUGUUCAAGAUCAAAGGCUCCCUGUUCAGCCUUCACGACCGCCGCGUUUUGGUCGACGGCGCCGACACUCCGAUCCUCUCUUUUCGACAAAAGAUAUUGACAGCCCAUAGGAGAUGGCACGUAUAUAGAGGAGAGAGCUCAGACGCCAAAGAUUUACUUUUCACUGCGAAGAAGUCAUCGUUUUUCCAGUUAAAGACUGAAUUAGAUGUGUUCUUGGCUGCUAAUACAAAAGAAGAGCAAUAUGAUUUCAAGGUCAAAGGAAGUUGGGGGGAGAGAUCAUGCACCAUAUACACUGGAGACAACACCAUCAUUGCUCAAAUGCACAAGAAACAUGAUGUUAAAAGUGCUUUGUUUGGAAGAGAUGCAUUUGGAGUUACCGUGUACCCUCAUGUUGAUUACGCCUUUAUAGUUGCUGUUGUGGUCAUUCUUCACGAGAUUAAUAUGGAUAGGAGCGGGGAAGACUGAAGCUGUGAUGUGAAUCGUGAUGCUCCUUCUUAAUUACAAUAAAAUUAUAAUUAUAAUGAAUAAAUUAGUGAUUUUCACUUGUAAUGUCACUUAACCCUAUUGGAAUUUCCAAGACUACUUCUAUUGUGUUUUCUGGAAUCUUACAAAUGAAUAAAUGAAUGUUUGUGCCUCUGCUUUUGGAUAAA